AUGCGAUCGCUGCUCCAGACGACUACUGCCGUCCUUGGCUGGACGGUCGCAGCAAAUGCAUACGAUCUGACAAUAAAUGAUAAGAAAUCGGUCGAGAGUGCAGCCGGCAAGGCAGCCAAGGGCUUGACAAGUUGGUACACAGGAAUGAACCCAGGCGAUACAGCAGGAAAUUUGCCGGAUCCUUACUACUGGUGGGAGGCUGGAGCCAUGUUUGGUACUCUAGUUGAUUACUGGUGGCUUACAGGAGACGACAAAUACAACGCCAUCACAAAACAAGCCCUGAUCCAUCAAGCUGGAACAGACGGCGACUACAUGCCCGAUAACCAAACCAUGACCGAAGGAAACGACGACCAAGGCUUCUGGGCUAUGGCCGCAAUGUCAGCAGCCGAGCACCAAUUCCCAGACCCCCCUGACGACGUCCCUGGAUGGCUCGCACAGGCGCAAGCCGUCUUCAACGAAUACGUCAGCCGCUGGGACGACGAGUAUUGCGGUGGUGGAAUGCGCUGGCAGAUUUUCAAGUGGAACACCGGUUACGACUACAAGAACGCCAUCUCCAACGGCUGCUUCUUUAACAUCGCCUCUCGCCUGGCGCUGUAUACGGGCAACGACACUUAUGCAGACUGGGCUGAAAAGGUUUGGGACUGGCACACCAAGGCCGGAGUUGUUACCUCCAAGUUCGAAGUUCUUGAUGGUGUCCACAUUGGCAAGUCCAAGUCCGCAGUUUGCGACGAUAUCGACAAGACGCAGUGGUCCUACAACACCGGUAUCUUCCUUCACGGCGCUGCCACCCUAUACAAUCUCACUUCAGCCGACAAGUGGAAGAAGCGCACCGACGGCCUUCUCGAUGACGUCUUCAACAAGUUUGUCAAGAACGAGAUCAUCUACGAGCAGUUUUGUGAGCCGCAUAAGCAGUGCAGUCAGGAUCAGCAGAGCUUCAAGGGAUAUCUCGCCCGAUGGUUGGCUGCCACCACACAGCUAUACCCAGCUACCAACGACAAGAUCAUAAAGCUCCUCAAGACAAGUGCCCAGGCUGCUGCCAAGGUCUGCACUGGCUCUGGAGAAGGCUACAAGGGUCCUGCCGGUACAGCAUGCGGCUUCUCUUGGACAACCGACACUUUCGAUGGCUCUGUUGGUGUAGGUCCCCAGAUGAACGCCCUCUCCAUUCUCAUGUACACUCUUGUCGAGAGCGCGAAGGGACCCGUCACCUCCAAGACUGGAGGAACUUCCAAGGGCGACCCUGGUGGUGGUAACACUGAUGCCAACGAUGACGAUGGAACGCCCAAGAGAAAGGAAAUCACUGGAGCCGACAAGGCUGGUGCUGGUAUCUUAACGUUCCUCUUCGUGGCUGGUGUUAUUGGAGGUGUUUCUUUCCUCGUCCUUGACUUUUAG